AUGUUCAGAUUAAUAAAUAAUAGAUUCAUUUCAAAUUCAAAAUCGAAUCAAUUUUUAUUAUCUAAAUAUUAUUGUUCAAACUAUUUCUGUACAACUACUUCCAUUAAUUUUACAUCUAAUUUAAAUAAUAAUAUACAUAACAAUAAUAGUACAUCUAAUAAUAAUAGUAAUAAUAGUAAUAUUAUAAAUGAUAUAAAUAGAAUACAAAACGAAACAACACAACAGCUAAAACAACAAAAUUUUAAUAAUAUAAAUAAACAAAAGAAAAACAAUGAAGAAUCUUUUGAGGAUGAAGAAAUCAAGUUAGAGGAGGAUGAGCAUGAUGAUGAAGAUGAAUAUUGUCUAGUUCAUUCGAAUAUGAAUAAUGGUAUUCCAAUUAAAAAAUUAAAUCGAUUUAGAUUCAAUUACCUGGGAGUAAAGUUUCAAAUCGAUGCAAUGUCAAACUGCUCCGUAUCGGAUUUCAUCAAGUUAAUCUCUAGUUCAACGUUGUUUAGUAAAAACAUGGUAUUAAGAUUAAGAAAGAAAGAAAUGUUAAAGACAAUGUCGAGGCAAGACUACAUUGCAUUGAUAAGAAGAGAAAAAUCAUUCUUGAAAUCACCAUACAUCCAAUCAUCUAACUCGAUCUCACCGUUCAACUAUAAUCUUGAAUUCAAUGGAGAGCAAUGUGAUCAAAAUUCAUUGUUAAAUUCAUUUUUCAAUAACAUUAACACAACCACCACAACCACCAACACUAAAGAUCAAAUCAAUUCAUCUGAAAUAAUAUUCGAAUUAACACAUUCAAAAGAAUCAUUAAGUAAUAACAGUAGUUAUGCUAAUAACAUUACAUAUCAAAAGGCAUUUGAGGAAUUGAAAUCACUUGCAAAAAUGAAGGAUCUUCAAAAUGAAUUUAAAUUAAGUGACCAACUUCUAGAUGAAUAUAUUCAAUCGUUUGAGAAUGAAUUGGCAAUAUGUCAUCCACAAAUAUUAAGAGAUUUACAAUUGGAUAAAAAAACUAAACAUAGAUUGGUUAAUUCUAUGAUUGAACAUUUUGAUUAUCAAAAAAGUUUAGAGUUAAAAAAGAAAAAGAAAAUGGCAUCUCCAAAUGAUUUGGUGGAGGAGAUGGCUGAUUUGAAAUACCCUCAUCGUUGGUUCCCAGAGGCACGUGCAAUCAAGAGAAAGUUUGUACUGCAUGUUGGACCGACCAACAGUGGAAAAACACACAAUGCUCUGGAAGCAUUGAAAAGUGCGGAUAGCGGUGUUUAUUGUGGUCCGCUACGUCUUUUGGCACAGGAGAUUUACGAUCGUUUGAAUGCCGUCGAUGUAAAAUGUAAUCUAUUGACUGGCCAACAGAAUUUGGUGGUGAGAGACGCUCGACAUUUGGCAUGUACAAUUGAGAUGGCUUCGACCAAUCGGUUGGUGGAUGUGGCGGUUAUCGAUGAGUUUCAGAUGAUUGCUGAUCUUGGACGUGGAUGGGCGUGGACACGUGCCGUUCUAGGGCUGCCAGCGAGAGAGAUUCAUUUGUGUGGUGAUAACACUGCGGUUUCGCUCAUUGAGAAGCUGGCAAAGACAACGGGUGACACGAUUGAAGUCCGCUACUACGAGAGACUGGCACCGCUCCGCGUGGAAUCGAAAUCUGUGGACUGGCGAAGAACUCUGGAGAAGGGCGAUUGUAUUAUAUCAUUCAGUAGAAGAGAUAUUCUGGAGACGAAAUCACUGAUUGAGCGACGUGGACUGAAAUGCGCGGUUGUGUAUGGUGCGCUUCCACCAGAGACUCGCGCGAAUCAGGCGCAGCUCUUCAACGAGCCAGACUCUGGCUACGACGUGUUGGUGGCGUCAGAUGCGAUAGGCAUGGGACUGAAUCUGAAUAUCAGACGUGUCAUUUUCUCAGAGAUCAAGAAAUUCGAUGGCAAAGAAAUGAGAAAGUUGGUUCAUAGUGAAGUGAAACAGAUUGCCGGAAGAGCAGGUCGUUUCCGCUCGGAGUUCCCAGAGGGUUUGGUGACGAGCGUAAGCAGCAUCAAUAUUGGCUACAUCAAAGAGCAGUUGGAGCUGCCAAAUGUCGUGACGGAACGUGCCGGAAUCUUCCCACAGGAAGCACAACUCGAGCAAUUUGCAAGACAUCUAGGAAAAGAGGUCAGAACAUUCUCCGAGUUACUGGAGCGAUUCUUUGAGUGUACCAAUCUAGAUAAUCUUUAUUUCAUGGAGAAUACUGAUGAUAAGAUAAAAGUGGCCAGACUCAUCGAUCACAUUAAAUUGCCAGUCAAGACUAAAUAUGCAUUUAUAAUGGCACCUCUCAAACUGAAGGAAAAGGAAUCGAAUAUCGAGAAGAUCUACGUAAAGUAUACCGCUCUUUUCGGAAGAGGUGUGGAAGUUCCACAUAUGGUAGAGGAACCGAUUUGCGUCAGCCAGGAUUACAAUGAUCUACAAAACUAUCUUGGUAGACUCGAAGAAUGCUACGCGAUUUUGGAUCUCUAUUUGUGGUUGGCACAACGAUUCCAAGUUCAAUUCUCACAGUUUGACACAGCCUAUCAACUUAGUAUCCAAGUGAAUCAAAACAUCACAGAUACACUGAUAAAACUAUCGAACCUUAAGAUCAGUAGAAGAGAAGAGAAACAGAAACUAAGAAAUCAAGAUAAUGCAAAUGGCAGCAACAUUCACAACAGAAAAAGAGUUUUUAGACAAUAUAUAAAUUAA